GAGUUGAUCGCCCAAUUGAGCAAAUUGCAGUCGCUCAAUAAUCAUGAGUAUGUAGCGGCCGUUGCACAGUACUAGUACACUCUUCGUCUGACCACCAUGACCAAUCCCGCCUCCGUCUCGACGGGCACCCCGCGCAAGUUCACGCUCGCCUCGCGGGCCUCCGAGCUCGCCAAGAUCCAGACGAACAUCGCCCGCGACGCCUUCUCCGCGACGCACCCGGACACCGAGUUCGAGACGGCGUUUAUGUCCACCGGCGGGGACAAGAACCAGUCGCAGGCGCUGUACUUACUGGGCGGGAAGGCCCUCUGGACGAAGGAACUCGAGGUCGCACUGCUCGCGGGCGAGGUCGACAUGCUCGUGCACAGCUUCAAGGACGUCCCGACGGAGCUCCCGCCAGGGUGCGAGAUCGCGGGGGUGAUGCGGAGGGAGGACCCGGUGGACUGCCUGAUCGUGAAGAAGGGGAAGCCAUGGACGAGCCUGGAGGACCUGCCCGACGGGAGCGUGGUGGGCACGAGCAGCGUGCGGCGGGUCGCCCAGCUGAAGCGGCGGUUCCCCCGUUUCGUGUUCAAGGAUGUCCGCGGCAACCUGAACACCCGCAUGGCCAAGCUCGACGCGCCGGACGGGCCCUUCGACGCCAUCAUCCUCGCCCGUGCAGGCAUGGUCCGGCUCGGCUGGGGCCCGCGCAUCACCGCCAACCUCGGGCCCCCAACGCUCCUGCACGCCGUCUCCCAAGGCGCACUCGCGAUCGAGAUCCGCACGGACGACGAGGCGUCCCGCGCCCUCUGCGCGGGCAUCACGCACUGGCCGACGGAGUGGGCGUGUCGCGCGGAGCGCGCGUGUCUGCGGGUGCUCGAGGGCGGGUGCAGCGUCCCCGUCGGCGUGCAUACGGAGCUGAGGGAGAAGGAGGGCGAGAGGGGAGGGGUGUUGGUGCUCACGGGCUGUGUCACUUCGCUGGAUGGCGCGAAACAUGUCGAGCAUACCAUUGAGCGGGAGGUGAGGUCGGUGGAGGAGGCGGAGGAGAUAGGGAAGCAGUUGGCGAAAGUGCUGAUUGAGACUGGGGCACGAGAGAUCCUGGCUGAUAUCAAGGAGGACCGCGACAAAAAGAUCCAAUUGAGCGAGGCGGCGGAGAGUGCUACCGCCGCGGUGUAACUUAUUCAUUGCUAUUGCGCGAAGUGUGAAAGACGUCUGUACUACGGAAUAUAGGGACAGAUGUAGACAAAAGAUGUACAAUAUUGUUGACGAGAUGCUGCAAGCGGUUCUAGUAGGUUGCAGAGCAUGGGAAGUAUGCGCCAACCAAGAAUGGUACCGGCGCAAGAUGACCUUUAAGCUCCUUCUGCGUCUCCGCCGGUGCCCGCAGUUCUAGUUAGUAUAGCAAACGAGAAGUCAAGAUACUGUGAACUUGAAGCG